AUAUAAGAAAGGUAUCAGUAGUUUAAAACCUUCUCCUUUUAGGUUUGUUAAAUCUAUUCGUGGUUUCAAUUUAAUCCCUUAGGGAAGGAAGUUAGCUUAGGUUUUGAACGGAAAUUCGUCUCUCUCGACUCCCGAGGAAGAAGAAGAAGAAAAUGCCUCGAGCAAUUUCUCGUUCUCCUACUACUAGAAAAAGACACUCUCCAUCACCAGUUGCAUCUCAUAGACAUAGCAGGAGAAACAGAAGGGACCGAAGCCGCUCUCCGUAUUAUAGGCGUAGGAGUCGUUCUUUGUCCCCUCGUCGCCGCAGAAGUCGAUCACCAACUCCGAGGCGCCGUAAGAGUAGGUCACCAACACCAAGACGUCUUAAGAGACAAAGAAGUAGGAGUGCAUCAGUAUCUCCCGUAAAAAAGUCUCGAAGUCCAAGCAUUGGAGAAGUAGAGCGUAAAAAAGCCAUUGAGAAGUUGAAAAAUGAUGAAGAGGAAAAGAAAAGACGUCAACGUGAGGCAGAAUUGAAGUUGCUGGAAGAAGAAACUGCAAGGAGAGUAGAAGAAGCAAUCAGGAAACGCGUUGAGGAGAGCUUGAACUCCGAAAAGAUAAAGCUGGAAAUACAGAGGAGAAUAGAUGAAGGGCGGAAGAAACUGAUUGAGGAGGUUGCUGUUCAACUUGAAAAAGAAAAGGAAGCUGCUUUAAUAGGAGCCAGGCAAAAAGAGGAGCAAGCUAGGAGAGAGAGAGAAGAACUGGAUAAGAUGAUCGAGGAGAACAAAAGGAGAGUGGAAGAGUCUCAGAGAAGAGAGGCUUUGGAGCAGCAACGGAAAGAGGAGGAAAGGUACCGGGAAUUGGAGCUAAUCCAAAGACAAAAAGAAGAAGCUAUGUUGAGAAAGAAACUCGAAGAGGAGGAGGAGCGGUCAAAGCAGAUGAAGCUGUUGGGUAAGAACAAAUCACGGCCAAAACUCUCCUUUGGUAUUGGUUCAAAAUAAGGUUUUCCCAAGAUAUUAAUCAUGUUAUUUUAAAAGGGGUUUCCUAUGCAAAUAUUUCUAGAAAAUUUGCUUGGAAAAUGUUUUGAUGAUGUUUAACCCCGUAAUGUUUUGGUUGCCUGGACAAGGAUAGGGCUCAUUUCAAUUGAAUGAAAACAGUUUAUAACUUCUAUCUUAUGCAAAAUCUUUUGAUGAUUUUGGUCAUCAACAUCCUACCA